AUGGGAUCAAAUUCAUGGAAAAACAUUCAGACCGUUCCUUAUUGGAUUCCUCAUCACCAGAGACCCGGGGUGCUUUCUAGUGGAGCUUCGCGUUGGUUUGGUAAAAUGCGCGAUACAUAUUCCUCCAGUGUUAUAAUCUCGUUGGACAUGAGUGACGAGAAAUUCAAGGUGUUACAACUACCAAAAGAGCCUCUGGAGAGUAGGCAUACAUUUUUAUCUAUCGGAGAGUUGAAAGGGUGUCUUUCUGUAGUUGUGGAAGUUGCUAAAGCUCGUGUUGAAGUAUGGGUCAUGCAAGAUUAUAGAGUUGAGGAAUCAUGGACGAAACGUUAUAUCAUUACGCAUGAGAGGGUUUUGGAAAGGACGUUCCAUUUGCAGCUUAUGUGGGGUUUUGAGAAUGAUGAGAUGCUAUUCACGUUUGGUGGUAAACUAGGUGUAUAUGACCCCAAGUCAGGAAGCUUCAGAGAACCAAAUACCAGUAUAACGCUGAGCUUGUUUGGCAAAUGCAAUUAUUUUGAAAGCUUAGUUUCACUCAACUCUGGCACUUGUGUGGGUGGAAGGACAGCGUCUUCUUUCACUUUUUGA